ACCCACUCAGCCUCUCACCCAAGCUUCCUAAAAAAACAAAAACAAAUUGCAGUAAUAAAAUAAGGAAAAAGAACUUCUUUUACUUUUCUUUUCAUAUUCCUCUUCUUCUUGGCAUUUGAAAUUCGAUUGAGAAAGAAGUUGAGAGUUCAGAAGCAUUUUAUAUUUCAAGAUUGCAAGUCAAGCUGCUGUAAUUUUCUCCAUUUCCCACUUUUAAAAGAAAAUAAAUAUCUGCUUAAAGAUUGUAUCUUUACUCAACGUUCUUAAUCUGCAUUUGAGCUUUUUCUCCUUUACUGUUCUCUCUUCCGAUGUAUAGAAGCUUGAAGAAAGAUUAGAUUGGUGUGAGCAUGGAAGGAGGAAGUUCAGGAGCCACAGAAGGAGUGGCAGUGAUACCCCCUGAGGCUCCAUCAAGCUAUCAUGUGCCGCCACAGGACAACAAUUCUUCUUUGGUCCCAGCAGGAACAUCACCCUCACUCCCUUUUGUACCCUCUUCUGUUAAUGCUGCUGGAAUUAUUGUGGGGAGCUCUGAGAAGAAGAUGAAGAAGAGGGGCCGGCCCAGGAAAUAUGGCCCAGAUGGUGCUCCUGGCCCACUUCCCUUCACACCCAAUUCUCCCCCUGCCCCACUGCCCACCUCUGCCUCCGCGGCAGGCUUCUUGGCUGAGAAAAUGAGUGCCCCACGACCAGUAUCAGAGAAGAAACAGAAGAGUAAGAUUGGGGCUGAGAAUUUAGGUGACUGGAUUUCAUGUACAACUGGUGGAAACUUUCUACCCCAUCUCAUAACAGUUGAAGCCGGUCAGGAUGUAACGAUGAAGAUAAUAUCAUUUUCACAGCAAGGGCCUCGAGCUAUUUGCAUUCUUUCCGCGAAUGGUUUGAUAUCAAAUGUUACUCUUCGUCAGCCUAAUUCUUCUGGUGGUACUUUAACUUAUGAGGGUCGAUUUGACAUCCUGUCGUUGUCGGGAUCCUUCACUCCUACAGAGUUUGGAGAGUCAGGGAUGAGCAGGAUUGGAGGAAUGAGCAUAACCUUGGCUAGUCCCGAUGGACGUGUAGUUGGAGGAAUGCUUGCUGGGCUCUUAAUAGCAGCCACUCCCGUCCAGGUCGUUGUGGGCAGUUUUCUUGCUAGCAAUUACAACGAUUUUAAAACACCAACAAGAAAGCGUAAAUCAGCAGAAGCUACAAUGCCGAUUUCACACUCCCAACGCUCUGUUGCUAUGUCUCCUCAUCAUCAUAAUCCCAACUUGGAAUCCAGAAGCCCGAAUGCACCCGCUGUGGUGUAUCCCGGAUCCGGAUCAAGUAAAUGGGAAGCCAUUCAAAAUGUGGAUGAUGAAUCAAGGAGGGGUACAACCGACAUUAACAUAUCCUUGCAGGGUGAGUCAUAGAGUGGAUCUAUGGGAUCUCAAGUGUUGAAUGUUGUAUGUUUGUUCUCUGAAGUGAUUAAUAAUAACAAUGAUAAUUAAUUAGUUCAUUAAUGUCAGAACCUGACUGUAGCCAAGUUACCGUAGGAAUUUAAACUUUGUUAGCUGGAGUUUAGAGCUCUAUUUAUGUGGGGUUUAAUUACAACGUGCCCCUUUGUUGUUGAAAUAUGUAUACAAUUUUUUAACUGUUGAACUCUUUUUUUGGGAGAAUUAAGGAGUACUGCUUAUUCAAAUCAAUAUGCA